UGGGGAGCUGCCAUUCCAUCUCAUCUCAUCUCUUUCCGCACCGCACCGCAAAUCCCAAGAAAAGACAGACAGGCUAUCGCCAGUCUCGCUCUAUUUCCCGCUCAUCAUGGCUUUGCAAGGGGUCGAGCAGACCAUCCUGCGGGAUCCGGCUCUGUUUGAUCCUAACCGGCAUCCUCCGCCACUACGCCACCGUCCUCAUGAACAACCCCCCAAACCCGCCUCCACGCUGGCCGAAUCCCGCGAACGCCUCGCGCUCAUCCGCGGCGUCAACCUGCGCAAUAACGCCCACGCCGUCCUCUCCAAGGAAUCCUUCGAGAUGCGCAAGACCUACCUCGUCUCCGCGUACCAGAGCGGCGCCUUCCUCAAGAACCCUGACCAGCGCGGCCAGCCGCCCGCCAACCCCAUGACGGACCCCGCUGGCAUGGAGGCUAUGAUGGGCAUGAUGAAGGGGAAUAUGAUGAUGAUGAUUCCCCAGACGCUGAUUAUGAGCUGGAUUAAUGCGUUUUUUUCGGGCUUUGUGAUUUUGAAAUUACCCUUCCCUCUUACGAUCCGGUUCAAGUCCAUGUUGCAGUCGGGCGUCAUGACUCGCGAUCUGGAUGUUAGAUGGGUGUCGAGUCUGUCGUGGUAUUUCCUCAACUUGUUUGGACUGCAGUCUGUCUUUGGGUUUAUCUUGGGCAGUGACAAUGCUGCCAACCACAUGGCCCAGCAGAUGUCCUCCAUGAACCCUGCUGCCGGUAUCAACCCCUUCCAGCCCGGCCAGGACCCCGAUAAGCUGUACCAGAGCGAGGCGGAGAACCUGGAGGUGAUGGAGCACUUCUGCAUCCUGGAUGGGGUACCGGAGCGGGUGUUGCGCCACUACGCGGAUCAUAAGAGCUAUUGAUUGUCUUGCUUGGUUGCUGGCAUUUGAGUCCGUGGCUGUGUUAUGUUCCAUAUGGCCGAAAUUAGACGUGGAGGUGUAUACGAAUAUGAUUUAUAUUAGAAGCGCAGCAUGCGUCAUGUGUAUAGCAAGCAGUCAAUAACAUCAUCCAU